AAUCCGACUUUUUCUGCCACUCUGAUGGAGGACGAAACAGCCAAGCUAUGGAAAGUAAACAGAACUAUCCAUGAAUUGGUCAAAGACAGAGGGUUUGCAGUCUCAGACGAUGAAAUUCAUAUGGAUCUAGUUACCUUUCGGUCCCACUAUGCAAACAACGGAGGCAGCGUUGAUCGCAAUCAGCUCAACUUUUUCACAAACUCCCGGACGAACCCAACAGAUCAGAUUUUUGUAUUCUUCUCUGACGAAAAGAGUGUAGGAGUGAAAACAAUGCGAAAAUUGCUGGGUAUCCUUGAGGAAAAGUCUAUACAGCGGGGCAUAAUAGUCUUCCCAGGGAACAUGACACCGUCUGCCCGAAAGGUUAUUGCAGCUAUGGCCGCCCAGUAUCGGUUAGAAGAGUUCUCCGAGUCUGAUCUUCUGGUCAACAUCACCCAUCACACUCUGGUGCCAAAACAUGAAGUUCUCACACCUGAGGAAAAGAAAACUUUGCUGGAAAAAUACCGCCUGAAAGAAACGCAACUACCGCGAAUACAACUGGCUGAUCCUGUUGCUCGCUAUUAUGGGCUGAGGCGUGGCCAAGUCGUCAAAAUAACCCGACCAAGUGAAACUAGUGGGCGGUAUGCAAGCUAUCGUAUAUGUUUCUAGGCCUUCGGCAGCCUGGGUUUGUGUAUAUCUCUCGCUCCUUUCGUAUUAAAAAAAAAACUGUUUUAAUUCACUUAUUGCUUUCUCACCCAUUUGGUGUCGCUCACAAUGUAUACAUUAGCAGUGUCAUAGAAAACUCUGUAUCAUUGA